AUGCCCUCCCGGAGGUGCAGAAGGGCAAAGAAUCGCGGAGUGUCUGCUGUCCUGAGAGCCACUCAGUACACAUGCAUGUUGCUUAGCUAUUUAAUAGAGCAUAAGCCUCAUAAAAAGAAGCUGGUAAUGAAGCUCAAGCAGUUGGAAUCUAGCAUGAGCUCUGGCCGGAAAAUGUUCAGACUGGGCAACAUGGUGCACGCCUUGGUGGCAGCCAGGAGGAGCAGGGAGCUGCCAGAUGUGGUCGCUCGCUUCUGCCUCACAGCCUCCAACCUGACCCGGGCCCUCUACUUCGCCUGCGAUGCCCUCCUGUGGCUGCGGAGCGUGGGGCUCCAGCCCCACCUGGACACCCCCAAGUGGCGCCGCUGGGCUGCCAAGUGUUACUACGUCUCCCUCCUGAUGAAUCUAGCCAGGGAUGGGUAUGAGAUCUCCUGGAGGCUGGAACAAGCUGUGCAGGAGGAAAAGACCAAGGAGAGUUUCCUCUGGGACAAACACAAUCAGGAGCUAAACUCUGUGAAAUGUGAUAGUUUGCACGGUGUCUUCCUCCUGCUGUUGCAGAUCCUGAGGAGACAUCCUCCUUUGCUGCUGGACUUGGUGAAGAAUCUCUGUGAUCUCUCAGGCCCCUUGGAUACCCUAGGGAUCUACAAGACCAACCCAGGAGUGAUUGGUUUCUGUGGUGUCCUCUCCUCCCUCGUGGGGAUCCUCACAUUAGCAAGACCACAGCUGAAGCUGAAACAGUAA